AUGGCAUCUGUUGUGGAAACUGAGGCAUCUGAGGCAUCAUGGGAGGGCAUGGCAUUUGUUGCGGAAACUGAGGCAUCUGAGGCAUCAUGGGAGGGCAUGGCAACUGUUGUGGAAACUGAGGCAUUUGAGGCAUCAUGGGAGGGCAUGGCAACUGUUGUGGAAACUGAGGCAUUUGAGGCAUCAUGGGAGGGCAUGGCAUUUGUUGCGGAAACUGAGGCAUUUGAGGCAUCAUGGGAGGGCAUGGCAACUGUUGUGGAAACUGAGGCAUUUGAGGCAUAA